GGGGCCAGGACUCCCCCAGCGGAGCACUAGAAGAGGCCAGAAGUGUCCUUGAAAACAGGAGGUGGGGGGAAAACUCUGAAAGCGGGCCUCUAUAUUCCCAACACUAUGUCCAAAAGGAAGAAAUUUUGAGAAACUUGGAAGUGAGAAACAGGAAGUAGAUCGUGGGGCACAAUAAUAAGGUUACACCCAAGCGUGGGUUGCGAGGAUUGGAAGCCUAGGUAGAGAUUAGUAUUAGGGAGCGAGGAAGGCAUCCCGAAACUAUGGCCUUCCCUGAGCCAAAGCCGCGGGCCCCGGAGCUGCCGCAGAAACGGUUGAAGACACUGGACUGCGGGCAGGGGGCGGUGCGAGCCGUGCGGUUUAAUGGUGAGCGCCUUCUUCAUUCCGGGUUCUCCGCGCCUCCUGAAGUCAGCGGUCCAGUAACCCCUGCCUGGUGUUCCGCAGUGGAUGGCAAUUACUGCCUGACAUGCGGCAGCGACAAGACCCUGAAGCUGUGGAACCCGCUGCGGGGGACGUUGCUGCGGACGUACAGUGGCCAUGGCUACGAGGUGUUGGACGCGGCCGGCUCUUUCGACAACAGUAGUCUCUGCUCCGGAGGCGGGGACAAGGCCGUGGUGCUGUGGGACGUGGCGUCAGGGCAGGUCGUACGCAAAUUCCGGGGCCACGCGGGGAAGGUGAAUACCGUACAGUUUAAUGAAGAGGCCACAGUGAUCCUAUCUGGCUCUAUUGAUUCCAGCAUCCGCUGUUGGGACUGCCGCUCGAGGAGGCUGGAGCCAGUGCAGACACUAAAUGAGGCCAGGGAUGGCAUAUCCAGUGUGAAGGUGUCGGACCAUGAAGUCCUGGCAGGGUCCGUGGAUGGCCGGGUGAGGCGUUAUGACCUGAGGAUGGGACAGCUCUUCUCAGACUACGUGGGCAGCCCCAUCACCUGCAUUUGCUUCAGCCGGGACGGGCAGUGCACCUUGGUGUCCAGCCUGGACUCCACGUUGCGGCUUCUGGACAAAGACACGGGGGAGCUGCUGGGCGAGUACACAGGCCAUAAGAACCAGGAGUACAAGCUGGACUGCUGCCUGAGCGAGCGGGACACACACGUGGUCAGCUGCUCUGAGGAUGGGAAGGUGUUCUUUUGGGACCUGGUGGAGGUGAGCCACCCCACCACCACCACCACACAUGUGCACACACAUUCUGUCCUUACCCCAGUCACUCCCAGGUCUGAAAAAGAGAAUAGAUAUUAGAGCUGGAGUCUUGAAGGACAAGGCAGGAGGGACAUUCCAGGCAAAGGGAAGAGUGUGUGCAAAGGUUUGGAGAUGGAACACAGGUCAGUCAGCAAAUAA